GAAUCAAACACAUGACAUAAUAAUACUCUUAAAACAUUGUAGCAUAUAUAUUAGGGAUCGGGGAAAUUUUUUCAAUCAAAGCGGUUUUAAAAGAAAAUGAGUGACAACCAAGUACCACAGCCAGAGAAGAAGCCGCAAUAUCAGCCUGGUGAAGGAAUCAGGUCGAUGCGAAGUACCACCUUAUUUCGAGCGGUUAACUUUGAGCUAUAUGCGAAACCAAAUCUAGUAAUUAUGGCUAUUGGAGCCGUUUGCUUUGGAACUGCACUCGGCUAUAUCACAUACAUGCGUUCGAAAUACGAAAGUCAAGGCUAUUACCCUGCGGUACAACCCGAUGGCACCGAGGUAUACACAAAACGACGUUCAAAGUGGGAAUAGGAUGUUUUAUGUUCCUCCGUAUACUAAAAUUAAAUUAUUAAAG